AUGGAGCAACAUGAGAAAGUCUCUUAUGCUGAGCUAGUGAAAGCCACAAAUGGGUUCUCUGCAGGCAAUAUGAUUGGAAUCGAAAGUUUCGGGACGAUAUAUAAAGGAAUAUUUGAUGAGGAUAGAAAGAAAAUUGUUGCGGUGAAGGUAUUAAAUCUUCAAAUGCAAGGAGCAUCCAAGAGCUAUAUGGCAGAAUGUGAAGCCUUGAGAAACAUCCGACAUCGAAACCUUGUCAAGAUCUUUACAACUUGUUCAAGUGUAGAUUUCAGGGGUGAUGACUUCAAAGCUGUGGUCUUUGAGUUCAUGCGCAAUGGUAAUUUAGAUGAUUGGCUGUAUCCGAAAGUAAUUGAGCAAUUCAAACCAAAAAAACUGAACUUGAUGGCAAGAUUGAACAUAGCCAUUGAUGUGGCUUCUGCUUUAGAUUAUUUACACCAUCAAUGUGGGACACCAAUAAUUCACUGUGAUUUGAAACCUAGCAACAUUCUUCUCGGCGAUCACAUGACUGCCCAUGUUGGAGAUUUUGGGCUGGCAAGGUUUCUGAAGGAAAUCGUCAGCAAGUCAUCUCAGAACUCUAUGAGUUCAGUUGGCCUCAGAGGAACUAUUGGAUAUAUUGCUCCAGAGUACGGUGUGGCAAACAAAGCUUCAACUGCUGGAGAUGUAUAUAGCUAUGGAAUUCUUCUGCUGGAUAUGAUUACUGCAAAAAGACCCACUGAUAAUGAUUUUGUAGGAGGCCAUAGUCUUCACAAGUUUGUGGAGAUGGCGUUCCCUGAGAAAAUCACAGAUGUUGUUGAUGCUCGUCUUCUCCUACAAAAAGAUGGCAAAGCGAAUGAUGAUGACAAUGAUGGUGAUCAUCAUUAUGAUGACGAUGAUGAUUGGAGCCUGAAUGACACAAGCGUUAUCGAAUGUGCUGCUUCGAUGCUUAGGCUUGGCAUCUUGUGUUCAAAUGAAUAUCCAGAGGAGAGAAUGGAGAUGGGAGAUGCCAUUAAAGAAUUGCACAAGAUUAGGGAUACGUUCUUAAGAAAUGGAACUCCUGAAGAGAGAAGCAGAGAUCAGAUGAAUUGUGGAGGUCCAUCUUUAGCUUUUCAAGCAACAAACGACUGA